GAAUGGUUGAGAGCAGACACUUGGGUACACAGGUAGGUCCAAUUCAGAGCUCGCUGUAAACUUUAUGUACAGACCAUAAGGUAAGGCUGUAAGCCUCUGAGUCAGUCUUGGGCUCUAGAAGACUUCAGGAGGCUGAUUAUACAGGAAUUCUCCCUUCUAUGGAUGGUCGGCCAGUGCCUGGCACUUCCUCUGAAGAAAUUACUUAAAGGGCCUGUGCUUGGGGAAGCAGAGGACAAGGAAGAGAAAGUCCAUUAUUGCAAUAAGUUUCAUAGCAGCAUUCCUCUUCGUCAUCGUUCGCCUUACAAAUGAAGUAAACUUCCCUUUGAUUCUAAACUGCUUUGGACAAACUGGUGUAAAGUGGAUGCCGUUUUCCGACAAACAAAGGCGGCCUCUCAGAACUCACUAUGGAUAUAUAAAUGUAAAAACACAAGAGCCUCUCCAGCUAGACUGUGACAUCUGUGCCAUUAUUUCGAACUCGGGUCAGAUGGCUGGUCAGAAAGUGGGAAUUGAAAUUGACCAGUCCUCCUGUAUAUGGAGAAUGAACAAUGCUCCUACCAAGGGUUAUGAGGUGGAUGUUGGGAAGAAGACGACCAUACGAGUGGUCUCACACACCAGUGUUCCCCUAUUGCUCAAGAAUCCCGAUUACUUUUUCAAGGAAACCAAUAGCACGGUAUAUGUCAUCUGGGGGCCUUUUCGAAACAUGAGGAAAGAUGGCAAUGGCAUUGUGUACAACAUGCUGAAGAAAGCUGUUGACAGCUACCCCGAUGCCAAAAUCUAUGUGACAACAGAAAAGCGCAUGAAUUACUGUGACGGGGUAUUUAAGGAGGAGACCGGAAAAGAUCGAGUCCAGUCAGGUUCAUAUCUCAGCACUGGGUGGUUUACCUUAAUUCUGGCUAUGGAUGCCUGCUAUGGAAUUCAUGUCUAUGGGAUGAUAAAUGACACCUACUGCAAGUCAGAAGCCUUUCGAAAGGUCCCUUACCAUUAUUAUGAGCCAGGAAGAGAUGAAUGUGAUGAGUACUUUCUGCAUGAAAAUGCUCCCUAUGGAGGUCAUAGGUUUAUCACAGAAAAGAAAGUAUUUGCUAAAUGGGCCAAGAAGCACACAAUAAUAUUUACACACCCCAACUGGACACUGUCUUGAUGUUGGUUCUUCUUUAGUAGCAUAAUAUUACAAAAAUGCCUCAGUUUACAAUGAUCUUGCUUACAUCUGACGGACUUUCCCACGCUAGAUAAACUAAACUAAAACUCAAUGAUAGAGAAGUUGAUGGAUCAGCUGUUAAGCAAAACUUACCAAUUUGUGGAAGGCAGAUGAGUUGCUUAUUUUAUUACUAAGGGGUAUAAACUACAUAAUGCACUUUACAUUUUGACUGCAUUUUAAUUCAAGACAACAGCCAUUUCCAGAUAGCAGUGAUUUCAUGUUAUAUACAAGCAUGCCCACGGAGUGGUGGUCCUUAGAAACUUUCCAGUUGCCUUAGGUAAUUAAAAUGACUAUUUGCAGUUAGUUAACCUCAAGAUUUGCAGUACUAAAGGUAACUUCGUAUAGGCAAAUAUAAGGGAAGAUAGUAGAUUCUGAGGUAACUGUAUUUAUUUGACUUACAUACAACUGGAUAAAUUUUAAGGACCACCAACGUGACAGUAUGUAUAUACUUUCACAUGCAUCCACACUCACUGGGUGUACUAAAGUUAGAGAUGGGAUAAAUAAUGAUUCCUGAACUAUAGAUAACGCCCAUGUGCAAAGAUAUUCAUAGCUCAAAGGCCCAUAGGUAACAAAGAAGCUCUGGUUACCUACUUACACCUCUACCUUGAUAUAACACGACCCAAUAUAAUACGAAUUCGGAUAUAACGCAGUAAAGCAGUGCUCUGGGGGGGCGGGGCUCCGCACUCUAGUGGAUCAAAGCAAGUUCAAUAUAACGCGGUAAGAUUUUUUGGCUCCCGAGGUCAGCGUUAUAUCGAGGUAGAGGUGUACUUCCAUAUUGGUUGGCCUCCAUCAUCUUGAAUGAUGUAAUUCAUCUAGACACCGUCUCAAAUUGUAGUAUUUUUAGAAGAUGACGUUCCAGCAUCCACCAACAUUAGUUCACUUUUUGGGACAUCACCCUAAAUUGUACCUGGUUUUUGAAACAGUAGCUCUACAAAUGGUGUAAAAACAUGGUGGUGGGUAGGGGACACCUAGGGAUACCAGGACAGGACUUGGAGUACAAAACUCCUGAGUUCUGAUCCCAGUUUUAACACCGAAUCCCUUGCAGCCUUGGACAAUUUGUUUCCCCUUUCUGCCUCAGUUUUUCCACCUUUAAAAAUGGGGAUAAUACUUCUCUACCUCACAAAGGUCUUGUGAGGAUUAAUUAAUGUCCAUAAAGUGUUUUGAAGGUGAAAAAUGGUAUAUAAGCAUUUAUUAUUAUGGCAACACCAAUGGCACUUGGCAUAGCCAACAUACAAGAAUGUAUUUGAGGAGAGUGGCAGCCGUGUCAGGGUCUGAUCCUGCAAGAUGCUGUGCCUCCCUUUUAUCCUGUGUGUUCUCCCUAAUGCUGAGUUCCCUCCACUUUCAGUUAGAGUUGAGGGUUCUCUGCGCCUCACAGGAUUAUCGCAUCAAUGGGAUAGCUCUUGAGUUUUUAUACUUGCCCAUCUCUAAUUCAAAUACACUGUUCAAAGUGAACCAUCAUUUAUUUCAACUGCAGCAGAACCAUUUUUAAUUUGAAAAUAAUUCAACUAAACAUGUGACCUUUUUUACUGUAUUUAAAUUAAUGUUUAAGUCUCUUUCCAUUUGAAACAUUUCCUAAAAACGUUUUAGCACCUGGAAUGUCAGCUUCAACACUGUAAUAACCAAUACUGUGAAACUUGAAAGAAGUGUAUGUGGUGCACUCACACUAUUAAACAGGAAACUUUGUAUGCUUUUAUAAAUCAUGAAAAGGGGAAAGGAAAAACCUAUUUUUACAUGUUGCAGUGUUGUUAUAGCUGUGCUGAUCCCAGGAUAUGAGAGAGACAAUUACCUCAUCUUUCUUGUCUCUCUAUUUUUACAUGUAAGUGUUUGUAUACUGACUGAAUUGCCUAAUGUAUAUUUGUAUAUGUAAAUCUAUAUUUGAUAUGUCCGGAGCAUAUAUAUUCUUCUUCAACAUCAUUAAGUGCCACCCUUCUGUAAUGAAGAGGAAACGCCAUUCCCCUUUGUUGUUGAGAGUGAUGUCCGUGUUUCUUCUUUGUUUCCCUUGGACUAUGCCACUGGCUUUUUCCAUUGCCGCAUCUUCCUGACGGUUUUUAAAAUACUUGAGCUUUCUCCUCUUAUUACCUAUUGUGUGCCAUAGGUGUGCCUGGUUCGUGGCAGGCACAACCCUGAUGGGCUUUUGGUUAAGGCACUGGACUAAGCCUCGGGUGAUUUAGGUUCAAUGCCUGGCUCUGUCACAGGUCACUUGAUCUCUCUCUGCCUCAGGUCCCCAUUGCAGAAUGAGAAUUAUCACAUUUCCUUACCACAUACUUUGUCUGUCUUUUUCUUUGACUGCAAGCUUGUCAAGCCAGAUAGUGUCAUGCACAAUGUGUCUGUACAGCGCCUGCACAAUGGGGCCACAAUCUCAAUUGGGGCCUGUAGACACUUACAUAAUAUACAAAUAAUAAAAAUAAUUAUUAAAAUGCCUCCUCUCCCAAGAGUUUAAAAUCUAUUAUAGACCAAUACAGCAAGGGCUGAAAGAAAGCAAGGAUGGGGAAAGGGUAAUGUAAGGAUGAAGGUUGCAGCUGUGAGCCCAUGAACUAGAUUUUCUAUGUGCAUACAUAUCUUGUCAAUUUGAAUGGAUAGAUAGAAAAUUAAUAAAAGGAGCUGCAAUGAGGGAUUUAAAGGAAGAACAACGGAUACUGGGCACACUGCGCUAUGGGGGAUGUUCUCUGCAUACUGUACAGGGGCAACAUGGGGAAAUGUGUAAAGUCACUCGUGGGGAAAGGAACCCAAAGGGUGAACAUCAGGCGAGACAAGGUGGCAGAAUUAAAAGGGUUAAUGGGGAAGAAGGGGUGACUAGUGAUGAGAUAUGGGCAGAAAUUGUGCAUGUGGGUGACAGGAGCCUUCAUGUGAGAGAAAAUCUUGCAUGAUAGGUCGUAGAUUCCUCAGAUCAGUAGCCUACAAUUCUUCUACAAUAUACACUUUGGCAAAAUGCCCUCCAUCCUCUCUCUCAAAAAUAUCAAUUUUUUUCCCACAAUAAGGACAGAAUAAAGACCUGGGUGAUCCUUUAUCCACAUGUGGAAAGGACAGUAUUUCAAUAUCAUUCCAGCAUAAAGGCAAGAUAGUUUUAAGCUGAUUGGAACUUGUUCAGAUCAACAUAAAUCUGUUGUAAAGUGUGUGAAGCCUUAUUCUUAAAAAUAAACAGGGCCAAUGCAAAUAUUUAAUACUAUUAUACAACAUCCUCCAAGAGUAAUCAGGACAUCCCACUCACCAAUCCACAAAUGGUGUUUUACAUUAAUAUAAAAAACGGGAAACCUAAACUGGUUUAAAAUUUGCAGUGUGUGUUUACAGAUAGCGGUACAGAAGGCCAAUCUUUGGUAUGUAUUCAGUUCUGACUUUGCAUUCUGUUCAGCAUUUGCAGUAUAUUAUAUGGGGAAACGGUGCAGUAUGGCUUAGUGGAUAAGGCACUGGAUUGGGACAUAGGAGAGAGAGGGUCUAAUCACUUCUGUGCUAUUGCCUGGAUGUAUGACCUUAGGCUAGUCACCAGUCUAUGCCUCAGUUUCCCCAUCUGGAAAAGGAGGGUCAUGAUACUGACCUUUAUACAGCACUUUGAGAUCUACUGAUGACAAGUGCCAUGUAAGAACUAGGAGGUAUUAUUUCUUUACUGACUAUAGAGUUUCUAUGGAAAUGCUCACUGUACGAAUGGGAACUAAGGCAAAGCAUUUCAGUGUGUUUUUAGGUGCAUUGCUGAAGAGGGAUAGAGUUAAAAACAAGCUUAUGUCCCACUGAAGUCAUGCAUGUGCUUUGCUCAUUAGGAAUGAACUGCUAAAUUGGGGCCUAAAUGGGGGAGUUUGGUGAGCCUAAGGCUACCAAUCAGUUUCUCCCUAAAAAUUAAUACAUCAAGCUUUAUGCACACCAGAGUAAAUGAACAUCACUUCCUUUAUUUAAAUUAGCCUGUCUUUAGCAUAAACUAAAUGCAAUUUUUCAUUAUUUUUAUUAUAUGGAUAAGGAACUGUGACCAUUGUGUUAAAGAUGAUUGUGUUAGAAAUCAGCACUGCAGUGUGGAAAAAAGGCUUUUGUUGUGUGACUGCGUUAAGAGACCUUGAUCAUUUACCUUCUGAGAGCAGUUAGGACGGCAGUUCAGAAACAUUUAUUCUUUUAAAUAAGGACUACUACAAAUUACCUGACCUUAAUUAGAUGCUAUUUGCUUACUUUAUUUGAGGACCCCUAUUUUAAUCAACUGCUCAUGUGAGUAAAGAAAGUAAGCAGUUGACCUGUAGAGUUCAAAUAGUUCUCCUAGUUAUAUUUGGUAGAAUGAUAUUCACAAAUAAUUUGGCAAUGUUUUUGCCAUCUGUCAUCAAAUAAGUGAAACACAAAUAUUUGUAUCUUAAUUCAGUCAGCUGUUAGACAGUUAAAUAUUUGUCAAAUGAAUUAUUUGUGAAUACUUUUUAUUCGUGUCAAAUAAGUAAAUUUGCAUUCAUUGUCUGACCAGCUAUAGGCCUAACUUAGAUAAAAGGUUAAAAUAUAAGACCCAUUUAUUUUGCAUACUUUCUGUGUGGCCUGUAGAGCUGGUUAACAGUUUUCAAAAAUGUCUUGGAAAAAAUUGGGGCAAAUAUUUUCACAUUUUUAUCCAUCUCUAGUUGCAUGUUACAUAGCUACAGGUAUGUAACUUUGAUACAUUCAGAUGAUGUUGCAAUUGCAUAUGAUGUGUGUCAAGUUAAAUAAUGUUUUCCAGUCAGUCUCUGGAAAUUGGCCCUGACCUGCUCACUCCUCCCCUCCCACUUGCCAAGGCUUCAACUCUGCCACUUGCAGAGGAGUACACAAGGUACAGAGGAGAGAGGAGAUGGUUCCGUAGAGGCAGCUGAGCCCCUCUCCCAGGCAGGAUGAGGAGAUAUGCACACAGAGGGCUCCAUAUGCAGACAGAUCCAAAGUGGGUGGUCCAGGUUCUCUGUCUUAGAUACCUGGCUUGUGUGUCUUGUUCGCAUGUUCAGGAUCUAACUGAUUUCCAGAUUUGGGGUUGGAAAGGAAUUUCCCCCCCGGGUGGGGUGUGGAUCACCUGCUGGGAUUAUCUGGGCAUGUCUCACCUAAUGAGUUCAUAGCCAUUGCAGGGAUCUUGGGCACUGGUGACACCUCAGUCUCUCAUGUUCUCUGUCUGAGACGCAAAACAGUUUAUUGUCCUGAGGACUAAAAUGCUUUAAUUUAACUGACGCCAUUGGGCUCAGCAUAGGGUAUUUGCAUGAAAUGCAAUGGUCUGUGUUAUACAGGAGGUCAGACUAGAUGAUCUAAUGGUCCCUUCUGGCCUUCAACUCUUUGAAACUUAUGAAACUCUGAAAGGUCAUAACAGACUGAAGGAGCUUGAGCAGGAGCAGCCUGUGUUCAGGAAAGGUCAUUUUAGCUAUCGCUUCAACAUUCAUAGAGUGCUCAUUGCUAUGGUAUAGGCCCUGGGUAGUCACUGAGGGCCCAAUCCAAAGCCCACUGAAGUCAAUGGAGGUAUCUCCAGUUACUUCAAUGGGCUUUGAAUCAGUCACAGAAUACCCCUCACUAUAAAAUCUUGGCAGUCAGAUGAACUGAGGUAAACAGUCUUGUGUAGCAAGCACCAGGUGCACUAUUGCAUUGUAUAAAUAGUAAUAGUAAUGUUAAGGGAGAGCAAGUUCAGCAUUGUUUGGGCUGUCCCAACCAAUGCUCUAUCACCAGAGGUACAAUGCCGGAACCCGUCUCAGGACAGCUGAGGUCAGAGCACAGAUGCUCACCCAGAAAACAUGUCAAAUAAAGCAAAGAACAUUCAACCUCGAAUUAUAAAUGUUUAUUGCCCUGAGAAGAUGGAAAAACAGAGGCACUUUACACAUUCGUGCUUGUGUUUGGUUGCAAAUCAUCUCUGACUGUAUUUCAGAAAUAGCAUAUGCCUCUAGUGAUGCUAGAGCUAGUCUAGUACUUGUUUUUGAUGAACCUUAGAGUAACCACAGGAGUAAAAUUCCAUGUCAGUUUCCAAAGCAUCAGCUUAGAGCUGUCCUUGGGCAAUGGUACAUAUCGAGUACAACAAAUAGUCGUGGGUUUUGUUGUUGUUGUUUCCUGACUUGGCUUGGUUAGCUCUUUUGAGCAGAAAGUGUUUAAUUUUCAGCAGAUGUGUCUCUUUCUGUUCCUUUAUUCUUUGGAGGAUACAGAGAAAUGUGUCUUAAACAUGCAGAGGUGAAGGAUGUCUUGGUGAAUAAAUAGCCAAAAUCCAAAUGUACCUUCUUGAGUACUGAUGUGUUUCAGUGCAAAGCUUCAGGAAACAACAUGUUGUUUGUUUACUCCGUGUUACAUAACCCACAGAAUAUUCAUGUCCAUGGAUUGGAUUGGUGCUCCCACGGUGAAAUCUUCAAGAGGAGACUAAUGGGGGUAGGAAUGAAAUCCUUCCCCAUAAGAUCUGUCCAAAAUAGGGAUUCCCAGGAGGUCAGGGCCAUCUGCGUGGCGUCCCAGCCUUCACUGCCAGCUUUGGCCCCCAAAACUGCCCUGCUCCCACAGCUCCAUUAGAUUAUAUGCAUCCUCCACCCCAAACAGGGCAGUUCAUGACCUGCUUGUAGCCUGCCCAAUUCUUUCCCCUUCCCCUCCCCCACAGAACCUGUUCCCACAGAGCAUCAUUUGAGGACUCUUGGGAAGAGGAACUCUCAUCCCCUUUAGCACUUGGAGAUAUAGUGUCAUAAUCUAACCCCAGAUAUGAGUGGUUUGAGGGUCCAGGUCUUGGAGGAGGGGGCAGUUCAGCUGAAAUGCCAUCGAGUUAUGUUACUGUCAGUAUGUUUUAAGCUUAACUCACUUGCAAAGGGUAAUGAGUUCAUGGACCCUUCCCACAUUUGAUUUUGAAUGUAUCACUGGCUGCUAUUGUAAUAAGUCCUGUAGAAAUGAGGGUGUUAGUAUGUUAAUAUGAUCUAGUACCAUUCUGAUUUACCGGCUCUAAAGAAAUUGUAACUUGAACUAAUGCAUGUUUUUACCAUGUAGUAUGCAUGAUAGCAUGUUAUGUAUUAUUUUAUACUCAUACUGUAAUAGAUAAUGGAAGUUAUGUGCAUAUUGUAAGCAAUAGUAGCUCUUUCUCUUUAAUAUUGUAUGACAUUGAGUUGUAGUGCUUUGCUUCAAACCUAUAGCAGUGCCAUUAGCAGACUGUGGCAUAUAAACUAGUGAAGCCAGUCAGGAAACGUUUACUAAACUUGACAUUUUUCACUUGAAUAUCAGACAUAGUUAAACAUGUUUUUGUGAACCUACCUUGGGGCUCAGCUAUCAUUUCUGUGCCCUGCUAUAAGGAAAGCCCACAUUUGGGUAUAACCUCAGGAAUGACUUUCUUGACACAGGCUGUGUCAAAUACAUUAUGUUGUUAGGGCAGCAUUUUACAAAUGUUUGACUCCCGUACAAGUACCGUAGUUUUUGCAUGAUUUCUGUAUGUGACAGGAUGAAUGUGGUAGCUGCACAGUUUGUUCGUGUUGAAAUUCCUGACACUAACAUUUCUGAGGCUGGGGAAAAUUUUUUCUAUGCUGACUGUUGUCAGGGCCUCCCAUCUGUUCCCUCCUCAGCACAUGCACAUUCAGUUGAUAGCACAAGAAGCAUUUUUCCAGGUAUUACCAAAUCAGAAUGCGGAAAACCAAUAUUUCUUAUAGCGAGAACUAGUAAAUGCAGAACUGUUUGUUGCUUUAUGUUCACUAAAGUCCUGGUACAUUCUCAAAGUGACCUACUAGAAUGUUCUACAAUACCAGGAAGAGUAACUUCGGUUCACCCCAUUUAGCAACACAAUCUUUUGGCUAAACAGAAGCUCCAGUGUUGGGUCUUUCCUCCAUACUUCUUGGCCUAGGCUCAUUCCUUUCAUAACUCUGCCUUUCUCAGAUCUGAACCCUCUCAGGUAAUAUGAGGUGAGGGGGGUCUCAGCACCUAACAGGACCGUGCCCUAAAUUUGCUCCACAAGUUAGAAAUGUGAUGCAGUAGAGUAUAAUCCAGUAUGUGCACAAUAUGGAAAGUGCCUGUCUUGAUCAGAUUAAUUUUCAUUUCAUUAACUCAAAAUAGGCAUUUUAUUGUGUACAUACUUGUUACUAAUAUUGCUCUGCUAAUGUGUCCGUUGUUUUUAUAUAUAUAAUGCACAUCUUCCCGUUCAUCUUUUUACAGGGACAAUUUUUGUUGUUCUCCUUGCAUACCAGUUCCUAUAUAUAUAUGUGUGUGUGUGUAUAUAUACAUGAUAUACAAGCGUUCUCCUGUUUUUAUGAAGUUGCUAUUACAUGUUAAUAAAAUGAAUUUAAUUAGAAGUUUCAUAUAUUAUUACAUUUCUUUCUUAUUUGCUUUUUUUAGUGCUAGAUUUAAGAGUCUUUUGUACUGUUAAAAUUUAUUUGAGAUGUUUUGCGUUUUGUCAGUUUUCCUACUGUGUGCUACUUACUUUUCACUCCCAUUUGGAUUAUUUUUAUGUGCUUUCUCUGUAUUUGCAAAAUUGUGCCUGGGAUAUUUUAAAGUCUGAACAAUAAAUUGUUAGAGAAUA